CGGUGUAUGUUUCGCACACAGUGGCAAGCCAAAACCGGAGUGCGCAUUGGCUGAGUGCAUGUGCCUUUUUCCUCUCUGACCCCCUGCUUCGCCCACCGAAUACACCACCACCACCACCACCAGCCAUGCAGAACCUCGAAGGCCGCCUUGUGGAUCUCUACAUCCCCAGGAAGUGCUCUGCCACCAACAACCUGAUUGGUGCCUCCGACCACGCUUCCAUCCAGGUUGACAUUGCCAAGGUUGACAAGUCCACAGGUAUCAUGAUGCCCGAUGCAGUCCACUCCUACGUCUUCUGCGGCGAGGUCCGCGCCCAGGGCGAGACAGACGAUUCUCUCAACCGGUUGGCGACCCAGGACGGCAUCCUCAAGAACGUGUACGAGAAGAACUAAGCAGCGUCGGAUGCAUGUGUCGUUGUGUUGAUGGUUGAAGCUGAUGAUGGUCUUGAUGAUGUUGGUGUGACGUGUGUGCUGAUCUCGCAAUGUCCUCGCUGGAUUGCUUGGCCAAUGUUGAGAGCCAGUAAACACGGCGCGCUCCACAAACGACCAUGAUUUGGCAUCCCGACACGAAGCAGACGCACACUUGAGACAACACUGUAGUCUGGGCAGUUGUUUCUUCCACAACACCGCGCCACUCUGCUUUGUGUGCGUGUGUGUUUGCUGUGCGCUUUCGUGAUGGUGGCAGGUGUUGGUUGUACUGUGGGCACCUAAGCAAACAGGUGAACAAAACAAGCAAGAAAGGGGUGACAGCAAUGUCGGGCCACAAGCCCAAUCACUCAUGUCAAAUCGAUCAACUCAC